AUUUGACACUGUUCUUGUAUAAUUAAUUUAUUUAUUUUAAUAAAGAAAGAGAUUUUAUCGAUUGAAAUUUAUAUGAAUGACCAUAAAGUGGCACUAUCUUACGGUUUUAAAAGGAAAUGAAGAAUUUACGUCACGUGUUCUGAAAGCAAAGCUGAAAACUUCUGUGUUAGAUCUCUUGGAUUGCUCUUGAUGGUGGCGAUGGUAAAAGGGUAAAAGGAAAGUAGCUAUGAGAAGUUUAUUAAUGGGUCGCCGAGACGUUGCUUAAUCGUGAACAGUGACGGUUUGGAAGUUGUAGAUUCCUGAGGUUCUAAUCAUUUAAACUCAAUAUACCCUUCUUGAACAAAACAGCGUGACAUAACCUCUAACUUUGAAAAGAUGUCUCAUAAUCAUAUGUUGCACACAUUAAAUUCUUCCGACGGUCAUAUGGAUCAUAUGGAUCAUGGAGGCCAUGGUAAUCAUAUGGAUCAUGUAGAUCACAGCACAAUGGAUCACAGUGGUCACCAAAUGUCCGGAAAUGGUGGUCAUUCAAUGCACGGAAUGAUGAUGAUGUACUUUCACGGUGGAUAUAGUGAAACAAUUUUAUUCGAAUCAUGGAAAAUUUCAUCAAUCGGCGGUCUCAUAGGUUCCAUCAUUGGAAUAAUUAUAAUGGCUGCUCUCUACGAAGGCCUUAAAUAUUAUAGAGAAUACCUUUUCUGGAGAACGUACAAUGCACUUCAAUAUAGAAGUGUUACAAUGCCACAGGAAAAGAAUGUCGUCGCUGAGGAUAAUCGUGUUGUACAUAUGGUCGGUGAGGUUAUCCAUAAACAACCGCCAACAAUGCUGUCUUGGAUGCACACAUUCCAAACAUUUUUACAUAUCAUCCAAAUUGUUCUCUCUUACUUUUUGAUGUUGAUCUUCAUGACAUACAACGUAUGGUUGUGUUUUGCUGUUGUAUUAGGAGCUGCCAUUGGAUAUUUUCUUUUUGGUUGGAAGAAAUCCGUUAUUGUUGAUGUUACGGAACAUUGUCAUUAAAGAAGAAAAAAUAGUACGCAGAAAAAGUAAAACAAGUUCCUACCAGUGGAAUAUGCAAGUAUUCUUUUUUUUUUUUUUUUAAAGAAAA